GUUGGGACAUUGUACUGUCAUACCCACAGCAGUAGAAAUUCAGUUUAAGUAGGAGCACUCACAUUAUGUGGGAGAUACAGGGACGAUUAGGACGACUUGUGAAAAUGUUGACUAUAAAGCGGUUGUUGAGCACCGUGGUCCGAGCAUGUCCACUGCUUUCGAUUAAGCCGACGCGGGGACUUGUAGACGAGAAGCUUCAGAUCGUCGUGAGGAAUUUAAGACCAAAACAAGACGUGACACUUCACUCUGUACAUCAGUCAGAAGAUAAGGAUUUUUGGGAAGCCUUCGGACACUAUGUCAGCGACGGCAACGGCACCGUGACCGUGGCAAAGGACGCCAGUCUGAGCGGCACCUAUGUAGGUGUGGAGGCCAUGGGACUGAUGUGGAGUCUUCGGCCAGUGCCAGGGAGUCGAACAGGACUGAGAUUCCGAAAGAAAGAUGUCCUGUCACCACUGGUAUUCCACAUUUCUGUGCAUGAUGGACAUGUUUCUCAGGGUUUUACUCAGCUCACGCCAUUAGAGAGCCUUGUUAUAGAGCGAUGGUACAUGGCUCCAGGUGUACGAAGAUUCGAUAUCAGAGAGAGAGGUGUUCGAGGAACUUUGUUCAUACCUCCAGGCCCUGGCCCAUUCCCUGGUGUGCUGGAUAUGUGGGGAGGGGGUGGUGGACUGGUGGAGUAUCGAGCCGCCCUCCUGGCAUCACAUGGCUUUGCAUCAAUGGCGCUGGAGUAUCUGACUCCUGGUGAAUUAAAAAAACUAAAGGCUGAUGUCAAUUACUUUGAGACAGCAUAUCAAAUCCUGCAGAAUCAUGACAUGGUGCGGAGGGACAGGUUGGCUCUGUGUGGUCUCUCGUUUGGUGGCUGUAUCACCCUCUCUAUGAUUGUCUACUCCAAAAUCAUUCAGCCCCAGUGUUGUGUGUGCAUCAGUGGCAGUCAUAUUCCAGUCAUCAAAAAGUCUUUGAAUGAAACCUUUGAGGACCUAAAGAAGUAAAAAAAGGUGUCAUGGAACGCUCGCUCCCCCGAGUCAAGUGGUUGGGCCAGCCACGUGUAGUGGGAGGAUCUGUUUGUGGCCACACCUGCACACACCUGCACCUUAUUUGUUUGUAUGUACUUAAACCCCGUGUUGAAGUGUGCAGAGUGUUGGUCAUUGUUGAUGUAACGUGUUAAUAUUCUUUUCGUCAAUUGUUAAUCGGAUUUGUGUUUAUCGUGUGUAAUACGUGUGAGUGCCGAAGUCGUUAUAUGUAAAUAAAUGUUCGUCCACGUCAUGGGAGUCUGUGCAUCCUGCCCCUCGCCCUGCGACACUCGGUGGCCCUUAGUGGUUGGUGGUGAUGAUCAGAACUGGUCCACUCUGGAUAUUACUGAAGAUGUACCUGUGAUCACACCUGUGUACAUCAUUUACAAUUCUAUAACACACAUACAUAACCCAUAGGACAACACAAUAUAUUACUUUACUUGUUAUAACAAGAUUCAGAUUUAAGUUACAUAGCAUCCAUUGCCACAUGUCUGUUAUAAUACACAUUCACACCAUUUUGAACCCAAAAAACUCUGGGUCCUCUUUUCAAUAAGGAAUGCCAUUUGUCCAGUAUUUCCAUAGAAGGCCAUAACCAAGAUUAAAAAAUAUUAUGUAACCUAGAGUAAUUUUCAUACCAGUUAUAUGAUAGGUUAUAUGUUAGCCCAUUUACUAAUACAUACACAUUGAAUCAACAAAGUGAUAAACCUGGAUUUUCUCAAUUUCAUGUAAAUUAGUUGUGAAGCCAGGUUGUCUUUGGUUAACCUGCCUAGCUAGCUGUCUUCCACACAGAUACACUGAGACCCCUCGCCAAGACACAUUAUGGGAAUCAAUCCUUAUGUCAGUCAUUGGGUCAAAAUGCUUCUUCUAAGUCACAAAGUGGGUUGGAAAUAAACCAGCAUCUUAGUAUACACUUACCAAUCACUUUAUUAGAAACACUUUGUAAGUGGACCACUAAGGUCUAUAGCCCUUGGUCUUGUUUCAGAAGUUCCCCCAUCCUCUAGCCUUUUCUGGUCAGUUUUUGACCAUAGAACCCCUGUUAGCUGUGUAUUUUUGUAUGGUGGAAUACCCUCUUAACUCAGCACUGGCACUGAUGUAUAAAUCCCCCCACAACACUGCUGUGCCUGGUAAACCUGAAGCAGCACAAGAGUCUCUACUGUGCCACUUCCAUGUCAGUGUAUUUGGAUGUUGUAAGAAUGGCACAACAACCAAAUAAUAUCCACUCAGCAGUGAACCUGUGAUAAAAACAGGAUGUGAACAUCGUAGAGGGUAGCUGGAAAAAUGUGUAUGACAAGAUAGGCCCAGUGUCUGUAUAAAACCUGUUUAAAAUGCAUCUACAAAAUAAAGUGUUGAGGAGGGCUAUAGAUUUAAAUAUUCAAGAUACAAAAAAAUCCACAUUUCAAAGCUCAUGUGCAAAAUCGCAACUCUAAUGCACAGCUGAGUUGAACAGUUGAACUGAGUUCAGAUCAGUUUUGAGUUAUGACUUUGCACAUGAACCAUUUCAAAUCUAGAAAAUGUAGAUUGAAAUGUAGAUACAAAGGAGAGAUCUUUUUCUGGUGUUAAUGAGUAGAAUGUAGAUUUGAGGUGAUAUUAGGUGUCUUGUGGAUGAGUUUGAUUGACUAAUUGACUAACCUGACCUCAUAAUCUCUUAAUAAACUGACCCAAAUAUAAUCUGUACAUAUGGUUAUGGUUAGGUUAGGCAUCAUCUCAUGAUAAGUGUAACACAUGGUCCAUUUCCCUUAGAUACAACACAUACAUACAUACACACCUUUUAAUAUUACACUUGUUCAUGCUGAGAGAUAUAUAUUUUUUAUUAUUAUUAUAAAAAAGACAGAUCUUGCUUUCUGAUUUGUGUGCGUGUGUGUGUAU